UCGGAUUUUUCCAACCUUAUCCACGUUGCGCGUAUAACUGUUCAGUUUCGCUCUAUUUUCUCUCUGUUCCUCUCAAUUUAUCUCUCUUCGAAUUUUCCGAGAAAAGCUUGGUGGCUCCAUCUUGAUGGCGUUUCUCUUCACGAGACCGGACCCUAGCUACCACAAAUUUCUCCACAUAAAGCCUUUUUUCCCUUCUCAAAACCCUAAAUUUGUAUCGAGCUGUCCGAGAAACCCCAAAUUUCUCUCUGCCUCACUCUCUCCGCCAUUGAAGCAGACAUUCACUUCUUCUCGGAGCAUUUGUCUUCGUUCCCGAUCCUCUGAUUCUUCUAUUUGGAAAUGUCGGAGUGAAAGGUCGGAGAUUUCGCCAGAAUAUGAGAAUUCUGGCCAUGGAUCGCUGGAUGCAGGCAGUGGAUUGCCUGAAUCUGGCUGGGACUUGCAGGCCAUGGCUGCUAAAAUGGGGGAUCCAUUUUUACAGGCAGCGAGGAGUGCUAGUAAGUGGUUUCAUGAUUAUUUUGAGAAGCAGAGGAAUUCAUCAAUGGAGGUUGUGAAUACUGAAAAGGAGGAUUGUGGGGAUUGGGAUUGGGAGAGGUGGAAGAGGCAUUUCAAGGAAGUGGAGGAGCAGGAGAAGCUGGUAUCCGUUUUGAAGGCACAACUUAGAGAUGCAGUUCAGAGAGAGGAUUACAAUGAGGCUGCUAAACUUAAAGUGGCAAUUGCUGCUGCAGCGGUUAAUGACACUGUCGGCAGAGUGUUAUCUCGUCUAAAUAAAGCAUUGAAAGAAGAGCGUUAUGAGGAUGCUGCUUUUAUUCGAGACAAUGCUGGUGCUGGAUUGGUGGGAUGGUGGGCUGGAAUUUCAGAAGAUUCAACCGAUCCUUAUGGGCGCAUCUUCCACAUUAGUAGUGCACACGGAAGAUAUGUUGCCAGAAGUUACAGUUCCAGGCAGUUAGCUACGGCUUCACGUGGUGUUCCUUUGUUUGAAAUAUAUGUUACUGUAAACAAUGAAGGAGAAUACAAGCUGCAGGCAGUCUACUUGAGCCGGAAUACAGAUAAUGGAGGGGAUAUGUCAACCGCAGUAACCAAACCUACAGAUGCUUGUAAAGUGGAUCCAUUAAAUGGUAAUGUUGAAGUGAAACCUGAUUUCGUCAUUCCAGAAAAUAUUGAAGAGUUAGAAGAUGGCGAGGAGAAGGAUGAUGACGUUGAUAUGGCUGAUGAAGGUCUGACUAAAAUUCUGAAUAUUUUGAGAGAUAUGAUACCAGGUGGCAAGGUGAAAGUUGUGAAGGUAAUUGCACCAGGAAAGGUGGACAGGGACUUAAUUUCCAAGGUCUUUGAGCAAAUAAUGGACGAAGACGACGAAGAAAAUGACAUGGAGGCUAGUUUGGGUUCAGUUGAGGAAGUUGAAGUUAAUGCUGAGAGUGGAAGUGAUGAGAUUGAAUUGGAUGUUGACGAGGAUAGUGAUUUUAGCGAAGAUCAACGUGAAAUAGCUGUGAAGCUGGUGAUCGGUGGUCUUGUGCAAAAGAUGUCCAGUGGCAUAUCUUCCAAAACCCCAGUUAGGGUACCUGCUACCCUAGCUAAAAGGAACCAUUCAUCAUUCUCAUUGUGUAUAAAGAAAGACAAUGCCCAGUCGGAAUAUGGAGUAAAAAGAUUAAAUUCAUCAGAAAAAAGUUCUAGACUCACUACACAGGACCGUCUUACUCGCGUCACCUCUGAUUUUACAAAGGUCCUUGUCACUGGUGAGAAGAUUCCUGUGAAGGUGAUCAGAGAUGUUGGAGAUUUUAUAAACCUGGCUCUUAAACAAGCACAAAAUCGACAAGAUCUAUCUGGAUGUACUGUUUUUAACCGCAUUGAGAUACCUGCAACAACUUCAGAUCCCCUUAGUGGAUUGUACAUUGGCGCACAUGGGCCUCAUUCCUCAGAAGUCAUUAAUCUAAGAUGUAGAUUUGGUCAGUGGCCUGAGGAUGGCACUAUUUCAAAGUCUCGGGAUUUGGAAUUCUAUGAGUAUGUCGAGGCUUUAAAAUUGACAGGGGAUCCUUAUGUACCGGCUGGUCAGGUAGCAUUCCGUGCAAAGAUUGGCAAGAGAAAUCAGAUGCCGCAUAAGGGUAUCAUCCCUGAAGAAUUUGGGGUGGUUGCUAGAUACAAGGGUCAGGGAAGGCUUGCAGAACCUGGAUUUAAAAAUCCUCGGUGGGUUGAUGGUGAGUUGGUGGUUCUUGAUGGAAAGCACAUCAAAUCAGGUCCCAUGGUUGGAUUUGUGUACUGGGCACCUGAGUAUCACUUCUUGGUUUUCUUCAAUCGACUGAGGCUCCAGAGCUAGAUCCAAAAGUGAAAGUUGCGGAGCAAAAACUUGCUUGUUUAUUGAGCUGAAGCCUCAUGGUGGUCUGAGAUUUCUGGACUUUCUAAGAAUCGAAUGGGCACUGUCAACCAUUGUACACUCUCUCCCAUACCAAUUUGGCUUAAAUCUCUCUCUCUCUCUCUCUCUCUAAUUCUGCUGGUCUCUUGCUUGGUACACUGCAGAAAGAUCUCUCUCUCUCUCUCUCGUUCAGCUGGUCUCUUGCGUGCUACACUUCAGAAAGAUCUCUCUCUCUCUCUCUCUCUCGUUCAGCUGGUCUCUUGCUUGGUACACUGCAGAAAGAUCUCUCUCUCUCUCUCUCUAUCUCUCACACACAUUCUACUGGUCUCUUGCUUGGUAUACUGCAGAAAGAUCUCUCUCUCUCUCUCUCUCUCUCUCUCUCUCUUUCAUUGUAACAAUGGAAUAGCAUUAACCGGAUGCUCUUAAAGGGAGAUGAAGAAAGUUCUAGGACUGCUAGAGGGGUAUUGCAGAACUUUUUGUAGGGUCUGUGUAAUCCCAGAAAGUUCUAGGACUACUACGGAGAUAUUGCAGCAUUUUUCGUGGGGCCUGUGUAAUCUCAGAGAGAGAUCAAAAAAGGGAAUGAGGUAUUGCAGCAUUUUUCGUGGGGCUAGUGGAAUCCCAGAUGGGGAGGGAGGGAUCUAACAUCAGCUGGAAGGAUUUGGUAAAUGAUUUGCUGGGAUAGAUAAGCAGAACCCCCAGUACAGGAACUUUUGUCCUAGAAAAAAAGUUUAUAUAAUGUUGUAAUCUUAUACUAUAGCAAUAAGAACUUUUGUCCUAGGAAAAAAGUUUAUAUAAUGUUGUAAUGUUAAUACUAUAGAAGUAAGGUGUGCCUCGAAAA